AUGUUACGAGCUGUAUAUCGAAAUAGUCAAGCAAUACAAGUCAUUCCUCUCAAGAAUGUGAACAUUCAUAGUACAAUUCGUUCAUUUGCAGCUGAUGUAAGAGUUACACAAAUAUUUCGCAACGAUGAAACAACGCCGAUUGAAGCUGUUUACUGUUUUCCUAUUGAAGAACAAGCUGCAAUUUAUGCAUUUAAAAGAAAGCAGCACAAAAAGGAUUAUACCGAAGCAUUAGAACAAGGACAUGGAGCAUAUCUUAUGGAACAAGAUGAAAAAUCACAAGAUAAUUUCAUUAUCAAUGUUGGUGCGUUACCACCAUCGAAAGAAUGUACAAUUACGGUCUCUUAUAUGACUGAAUUAGAUCUUAUACAAGGUUCUAUCAUUCGGUUCGUGGUACCAACAACAAUUGCACCUCGUUACAAUCCUGAAAGAAGUGGAAUAGCAUCCCCAACGGGUACCAAUGCGCAAUAUGUGCAAAAAAGUCCGUAUACGAUUGCAUUUUGUUGUCAAGUAGAAAAUUUGGGAGGUAGACAAAUUGCACAUAUUAAUUCAUCAUCACAUCCAAUUGAAAUCGAUCUUGCACAAGGAGAUCGUUAUACAGUGAAAUUUGCUCAGCAAAAUACUCAUUUAGAUCAUGAUAUUCUCAUUAAUAUUGAACUUACUGAAAAACGUGAUAAUUUAAUUGCGACUAUUGGACCGGGUGCAAUCAUGGCUACGUUUAUGCCCACCGAAGAUGAAUGUCAACGUGUUACUAAGUUUAGUAGCGAAACAAAUGAAUUUAUCUUCGUUGUAGACUGUAGUGGAUCCAUGCGUGACGAGAAUAAGAUUGGACUCGCUCGACAAGCGAUUUUACUCUUUCUUAAAAGUUUGCCAAUGAAUUGUUAUUUCAAUAUUAUUCGUUUUGGAUCAAGUUAUGAGGCUUUUUUCAAUGAAGUUUCUGUGCUUUACAAUGAAGACAAUGCUCGAAAAGCUGAAGCACUUGUGAACACUAUGCAAGCAGAUUUAGGUGGUACUGAACUAUUAGAACCUCUCAAAUGGUUGGAACAACAUUCACCAAUACAAGGACGUUCUCGUCAGGUCUUUCGUCUUACUGAUGGCGAAAUAUCCAAUGUAACCGAAGUGCUCGAUCUAUGCCUCAAAGGUGUUGCUCGAUCAACAAAUGGUCGAUUUGUUUUUAUUCCUCCAAACACAACUGUCGAUGUUCACGUUGAGGAACAGCUACAAAAAGCUCUUCAACGAUGUAUCACUAAUGUAAAAGUAAAAUGGAAUCUCAGUACAUCAGUUGUAGAAACGGUACCAAAUCGAUUACCGCCCGUUUAUGCUAAAGAUCGUUUAAUUGUCUAUGGUCUCUUCGAUGACAAGUUGUAUCCAUUUGAUCAUAAUUCAUCAGUUGAACUUCACGUUGAUCAACACCAACUGAGCAUUGCAAGAAUCCGUCAAAUACCUAGUAUAAGUGAAAAUGGAACUAUUGCGCGUCUUGCAACGAAAGCACUCAUUUUGAAAUUACAAUACGCUAAACUGCCUGCUAAAACAACGACAGUUGGUAGUCUGCAAUCUCGUUUUCAAGGAAACGUAGAAGAAUCAAAUGAUUCGAAAAUAUCAGAAUUAAAAGAAAUCGAAAAGAAACGACUUAUUGAAUUAUCAGUAAAAUACAAGAUUUUGAGUCCACAUACGGCUUUUAUCGGAAUUGAAAAACGAAUUAAUGAGGACAAUACUAAGAUGCUUCUUCGAGAAAUACCAAUUCAAAUAUCGGCUGAUGAUCAGCAUCUACAACCGAGAACACAUAUUCGAUCCAAAGCAGCUAUGUAUUGUGGUAACCAUCCUAUGAGUUGCGCCACAUAUGGCUCUAAUUCUGGUUAUCGUGGCGGUAGAGGGCUUGGUCUCGAUGACAUUGAUAAGUGGUGUGCGAACCAAAUGAGACGAGCAUAUGCUCUAGAGUCGUUCAGUAAUAUCUCAUUUGAACGUGAAUGCCCAAGCAGUUCAUCAAGCAGAAGAAGAAGAUCAAGAUCGAGGUCGAGGUCGCGCUCACAACAGAAUCGGGCAGUGCGUCUUCUGAGUCGCUUUGACAGAGAAAGAGAAGCUGAAUUCGAGCCCAGUUCAUCAGAAUGGCCAUUAAAUGAUCAGGAUAUCGUUCGUCAUUUGAUCGAUAAGCAACAUUUCAGUGGUCUUUGGGACUUGGAUACAAAAUCCAUUCGACAUUUAACUGGCAGAUCUCUAGCAGAUUUUCAAUUGAUCUAUAACGAUGUACCAGUACUCAUAUCGGCUAUCGUUCUAAUUAUACUUGAGACUCGUUUUGGUGCAUUUUUAUCUAUGUGGCAUGGUAUUUCACAAAAGACUCGUACGGUUAUCAUCGAAAAAUUAGGCAAAGAUCCGAAAAAUCUCGAGGCUUUACUUGAAAGUAUUCGGAAACAACUGUAA